GUUGCUGCCACAUGGGGGCGGUAGUCUCCGUUACAAUGUGUGGUAAGAAAAACGAGCAUGAAUGUUGUGUGCAAACUUCUAUUUGUCACAAAAACUAUGCGCCUUUAUACAUUCUACAUGGCAAGGACAGAUCAGUCACCUGAGAUGGUGUUUCAGACAUUUUCAACCUUUCGAAAAUAUUAUUUCAACCUGACGACAGCAAUCAAUAUGUGACCUCUUGUUUCCAGGUCCAGAUCUUAGGGGGAUCUUCUUCAGGUUAUUCAUGGCAAGGACGGAUAAAUCACCUGAGAUGGUUUGGUAGAUGUGUCAGACAUUUGCAGCCAUGUAUCAGGGAGGUCACAUUUUCUGACGACAGCUAUCAGGUCCAAAUGUGAAAAAGUUUAUAAGGAAAAGUUUCAAAACCUUUUUCGAAAACAUUUUUUAACCUUUUGAAACUGUCUCUUAAAACUUUCUUAAAACUUUCUUUUAAAAAUAAAUUUUCAACCGUUAGAAAUAUUUAUUUCAACCGUUUGAAACAUUUUUUUCAACCGCGUUAGAAAAAAAAAAUUCAACCGUUUGAAAAAAUAGUUCUACCCGAUGACACCUAUCAAAAUGUGACCUCUUGUUGCAAGAGAGACCCAAAAAUGUUAUUCUUGCUGACAUUCGCCGGCACCUGGGAUCGAAAACCCCACCUUCCACAUCUCUGAUAUACAUAACAGAUAUAUACAUACAGAUAUAUAUAAGUACAUGGGGGGUUUAUUUCAGGGCAGGGCUGUGUUGGGCCUUGCCACGAAAUGAACCCCCUGAUAACUUUUACCAGACAAGUGCCAGAUGCCUGAAACCUACUGUGGUUAAUCAUAGUCCCAUCAAUAUACAGUAAGAAGCAUUUGAUGAUUUGCGCACAAUGUUAGGCUACUCUUGACCGCAGUUGCUGGCAGUUGGGAUCAAACAUUCCACCUUUCACAUUUUAAGCACGAAUACUACCAGUUACAACAGCGGAAAGCUUGCUGUUCACAGGACCGGUGUGGCGUUUAAUCGAUCUAUCAAUGUAACUGGGCAGUCAUGUAUUUUGACGAUAGCGAUCAAAAUAUGUGACCUCUUGUUUCCAUGUCCAGCUGUUAAUAAGGGCCAGGCAGUGAUAAUUGAUCCGUCACGUCAUUCAUCAAUUAAUCGGCGCGUGACAGACCUGGCUGCAGACCAGAGAGAGCGCGUUCCAUGGAUAGAAAAGGGGCAGGCCUUGUCAAAGAGAUGUUACGUCAGCAUAUGUCACUCCGAGUGUGGUGAAGAGCGGGGUAGGGCGAGUCAUUCUCAUCACUGCAGACACAGACGAGUCGAAGACCUGGUCGAGAUGCGCAUCCUAAUGAAAAGAGCCGCACACAGCAUUUUGACGAGGAAAAUGGAAUCUUGAAACACUCGUAAUAUUAGCCAGUAGAAGACUGAUCACAACAUUUGGGAAGGACCCCUGGACCCCCCUGGAUCUAGACAGGAGCUCUAGAGGAUCUGUACACUUGAGCCCCUCCUUCUAACGACCCCGACCCUCUUCUGUGACCCCUGACCCCCCAGACCGCCAGCAUGUCAGGGAAGGAGCGCAGCCCACGGCACCGCCCGUGGUCGGUAUACCGAGCCAACACCUUCGACCUCUCAGCGGAGAUGAUGGGGCUGGCCCUCUCAGGCAACAGUCAGGACCCAGAUGAGCCUGUGUUGGAGUUUAGUCUGGCCUGCAGUGAGCUGGUCACCCCCGCCUUGGACCGGAAGCCCACCAGCUUUGUGGCGGUCAGCUGCACCACGCCCCCUCAGGCCUUCUGGACCAAGCACGCCCAGACCGAGAUCAUCGAGGGCACCAGUAACCCUAUCUACCUGAGUAGCAUUGCCUUCUUCCAGGAUUCUCUGAUCACACAGCAGACCCAGGUCAAGCUGUCUGUUUACGAUGUUAAGGACCGCGCCCAGGGAACGAUGUACAUGCUAGGUUCAGCUAUGUUUCCGGUCAAAGAACUCCUGCAGGACAAGCACCACAGACUGCACCUGACUCUCAGGUCGGCAGAGAGCGAGCGGACGGGAAACAUCACCAUCAUCGCCUGGCAGAUCGAGGAGAGGCGGGAGCAGAGGGCUCCUGUUGCUAGGUUACAGCGCGGCGACACCGUCAACGGGAGAAUGGUGCUCCCAGUAGAUGAGAGUCUGACUGAGUCCAUCGGCAUCCGGUCCAAGUCUGCCUCUCUCUGCAAAGACACACUGCUAAAGGCUGUGUUCGGGGGCACCAUGUCUCGUAUGUACAGGUUCCCCACCACGGACGGGAACCACCUGAGGGUUCUGGAGCAGAUGGCCGAGAGCGUGCUCUCUCUCCACAUCCCCCGGCAGUUUGUCAAGCUGCUGCUGGAGGAGGACGCUGUCAGGGUGUGUGAGUUGGAGGAGCUAGGGGAGCUGUCUCCAUGCUGGGAGAACUUGAGGAGAGACAUCAUCACUCAGUACCAGACCAUCAUCCUCACCUACCAGGAGACCAUCAGUGACCUGCACGAAUACAAGGGUCCUUCCUUCAAGUCCAGCACUCUGAAGGCAGAGAAGAAGCUGGAGUUCAUCCCCACUAACCUGCACGUUCAGAGGAUGAGGGUGCAGGGGGAGUCUGGUUACGACCACACGUAUGACGUGGUGACCAUCGGGGCCCCGGCCGCACACUAUCAGGGUUUCAAAGGCUGCGGCCUCCGCAGGCUGGUGCACAAGCUGGAGGAGGCCAGGAAACACGCUUAUAAGGAGGAAAGUUCUGGCUCGGGAUCGAAAGCCGUGGCGUACCUACCUCAGGAUGUAGUGAGGGCGAAGGAGCUGAUUGGUCAGAUCAACACCCUGAAGACCCAGGUGUGCUACUACGCUGAGCGAUUGUCCCGCGCGGCCAAGGAACGCUCCGCCAACGCCCUGGAGAGAACCCUCGCCAUUCUCACUGAGAAGACUCGCCAGCUGGUGACUGUGUGUGACUCCAAGCUCCUCUCGUCGGCCAUCUUGGCCCUGGCCGCCGCGCGUCCCGAGGGCAUCGCCCCCCAGGGCACGCCCUCGCCCUCCUCCUCCUCCCUCUCGCCCUCCUCCCGCUCCCCGUCCCGCUCGCCCUCGCGCCACUCGCCCUCCCGCCUCUCCACCUCGCCCUCGCGACACCCCGAGGGGGACAGGGGCAAGCGGACCUCUCUACCGGCCGACUGGCACGAGGAGGAGUGGGGGAAGGUGUGGCUGAACGUGGAUAAGAGUCUGGAGUGUGUGAUCCAGAGGGUGGAGCGUCUGCUGCAGAGGGACAGGGUGGAGACCGACAGCAGCUGUGAGGACGUGUUCCUGGCUGCUGAGGGCCAGCAGGAAGGCAGAACUAAGAAAGGUAUCCUUAGUAACCAGGUAGCGUUCUGGCUACACCCCGGAUGUAAACAGAAGAACUUCCUGCCCCCGUCAACAUGUCCUCUUCCUCUAUCGUCAUCAUCCUCCCAUUGUCACCAGACCCUUGCAUGCCCACCCUGCCCUAACGGACACUGCUAUGUCAGUCCCGAGGGGGAAAAGCGCUCUCCGGGCGAGUGGAGCGAGGCUCUCUACCCCCUGCUGACCACGCUGACGGAGUGUGUGUCCCUGAUGAGCGACAAGGCCAAGAAGUCCAUGGUGUUCCUGCUGAUGCAGGACAACGCCCCCACCAUCGCCAGCAGCCUCACGCUGCAGUACCGCCGCGACGUGGUCUUCUGCCAGACUCUCACAGCCCUGAUCAGCGGCUUUGUGAUCAAGCUGAGGAACUGUCUCUGUGACGACGGCUUCCUCAGACAGCUGCACACCAUCGGCCUGCUGGUCCAGUACGAGGGCCUGCUCAGCACCUACGGGGAGGAGCUGGCCAUGCUGGAGGACAUGAGUGUGGGCGUGCUGGACCUGAGGAACGUCACCUUUAAGGUUACCCAGGCAACCUCCGGGUUCAGCCCGGACAUGCUUCCCGUCAUCACCGGGAACCGGAACGGCUUCAAUGUCAGGGUUCCGUUGCCGGGGGCAAUGUUUGACGCGUUGCCGCGGGAGAUCCAGAAUGGCAUGCUGCUGCGCGUGCAGCCUGUUCUGUUCAACGUGGGGAUCAACGAACAACAGACGCUCGCUGAGAAGUUUGGGGACACGUCUCUGCAGGAGGCAGUGAACACGGAGAGCAUGGCUCGUCUCAGCUCCUACUACGACCAGUUCAAGGAGGUCCUGCCAGAGGAGAGCCUCCCUCGUUCCCGCAGCCAGACCAGUGUUCCUGAGCUGCUGAAGAUGCUGAGCCACAACAUCAACGCCAAGAAGAGCAAGAACGUCGACAUUCUCUGGCAGGCAGCCGAGGCGUGUCGGCGUCUGAACGGCAUGCGCUUCACCAGCUGUAAGAGCGCUAAGGACCGCACGGCCAUGUCUCUGACGCUGGAGCAGUGUCUGGUGCUGCAGCAGGAGCACGCCAUGGCACCACAGGUCUUCUCCCAGGCCCUCGACUGCAUGAGGAGUGAGGGCUGCCGGAGAGAAAACACGAUGAAGAAUGUGGGAUGUCGUAAAUAUGCCUUUAACUCCCUCCAACUGAAGGCCUUCCCCAAGCAGUACCGCCCCCCAGAGGGCACGUAUGGGAAAGUAGAGACCUGAUUGGACACUCAAUCUGUCCGUCUCCAGAAGAACCCAGAGGAGGAACAGGAACAAGAAUAAAGAAACCCUACACAAAAAAAUAUAUAUAAUAUCGACCCGCAUCUCUUCGUUUAGUGGUCACUGUUAAUAAGGUCAUGUUCCAGUGAUACCAGAGGUCGUUUAUCUCUCUGUAGCUCCCUGACUAUUGAACCACAGAGUAUUCUUGGUCUUGAUGGCCAUGCCACAACACACCAAGCACCAACAGAGACAUGGCUUUUUAUCUAGCUUUCACAGUAGCUCAGCGUGCAUCUAAGAUCUUCUGCAAACUCACGACCACCUCCAAACGACCUCUUAACGUGACGCCAAGGCAUGCCAGACCGGCCCAUGGGCUCUCGACGACAAACCUUUCUGAAUUUUAAUCGCUAAAUCCCUGUUGCUUCUGCCAAAUGACUAUACUAAAGUGAAUCAGAGCCACUGCACCGAUACAUCAUAAAACAGAAUCAGAUUGGGCCUUAAACCAGCUGAGUCACUGUUAUAUAGAGAAGCACUUGUUUUAGUUUUAGAGCUCUUAGUCAGUUUACAGUUUCAGUUUUUCUUCUGUUAUUCCUGUUUUUUCUGUUGUGUCUCACGACGAAUCAAGCACAGACGUCUUUGAAAUAUCAAAUGUUUCAAAUCUGAGGAUGUUGCUGUAGGUCAUCCCGUUAAUGUGAAUGAUUUUUGUUGACGUAGUGUGGUUACUGUCUCUGGAUAAGAGCGUCUGCUAAAGGACUAAAUGUAAAUGUAAAUCUAGACUUUAGACAGAGGCAUUUUCUAUGCCAUGUUGUAAGGUCAGCAGAAGAAACAUUACAGUAGAUUACAGCCAAACAAAAUCAACGUGGACAAUCUCCUGUCCUCUUGUUACACAUCAAAUGUACCUGUGUCAACGUGCUAGACGAAUAGAUCUGUAGACCUGAUAGAUCUCAGCUCUUCAAAGGUCUUACAGGAUAGGUUCUGGUCAUCUGAAUCCAAGUUAACACGGACAACAAGAACGAUUCAGAACAAGGUGUUGAGACGAUGUUAAAACCUGAAGCAAGGGGGAAUGUUCUUUUUCUGAAUGCAAGCUGGCACGUUACACCUCACAAGCACGUGACACCUCACAAGCUACGGUAUUGUAGAAGGGAAGGUAUUGUGCAUGGCCAAAUACAUGUGUUAGAAAGGUCUUUGUGUGACCUCUGUACUGGGAUCAGAUAACAUGUUGACCUUUGGCCGUCCUCCAUAGAUCUAGAUUCUACAGCACAUGGAAGAUGUAUAGUAGAACUGACAUGUAGGCUGUUGUGGAGUGAUAUUCAUCUUUUAUACCUCAGUUAGGUCUAGCUACAAUGAUUUUGUCAGUAUCAACACUGGUCUUUGAGUUAAAAAGUAUCUCACAAUAUAAUUUCACACAGAAUAUUUAUGCUGAUUCACUGAAAACGUUGCCAAAUGCUGAUGCAGUUAUAGUUUAAUCCAUUGAUCGUGUGGUGGACAACACGUCGGAUGUUUUUGGCGAUAAAAGAUCUUUGCUGUAAAAUGUGCUCUUGUUCUUUACUCUCCUGUACCCCUGCUAUUAAAAUCUAAAUAAAAUACAUGUUUAUCUUGUG